GGAGGCUAGUUUUCUCAGUCUCUGGAAAUGACUUUGCAUCUAUGGACCUAAGUAUAGGAAAUAUUGAGUAUAUAGGUAGGUCUUCUCUUGGGGGUAGAAUGAAAAGCAUAAUGCCCUUCUACAGACAUCUAUCUCAUCCAGCUUUCCCUUCUCAUUUCCUUCUUCUCAACAAGGCCCUCCCCUUGAACAGCUGCCAGGUUAGUUUUUUAUCAGUCUCUAUUCCCCAAAAAAUCCUCCCCUUUCCAAGUUUUUGGUUUAAUAAAGCAACUGCAACAGCAGCAAGUAUAGGAGCAGCAGCAGCAGCAGCAUGUCUUUAACCCAGCCCCCCUACCAGAAUCCGCCCAUUCCAUUUUCUGGACCUAUCCAGGGUGGACUUAAGGAUGGACAUGAGAUCACUGUCAAUGGAUCCAUCUGUAACAAUGGGGAUAGAUUUGCUGUGAAUUUUCAAUGUGGAUCCACUGGAGAUAACAUCGCCUUUCAUUUCAACCCUCGGUUUGAAGAUAGUGGCUACGUGGUGUGCAAUACAAUGAAGUUUGGUUCCUGGGGGCCUGAAGAGAAGAUGAUGAAGAUGCCUUUUCAUAAGGAACCUUUUGAAAUUCGUUUUCAGAUCCGCAAGGAGGGCUUCAAUGUGUGGGUGAAUGGGAUUCAUUUUAUUCAGUACCCGCACCGGAUCCCUUUCUAUCAAGUGGACUACAUCUCGAUCUGGGGCAUAGUGCAGGUGUCCUCCAUCAACUUCCAGAUAUGAUAGAAUGAAAGAACCCAAGUUGCUUGCAUGAGAUGAGAUGACUUUUAAGAUGAAAUCACUUUGAGUGACGUGCAGCACAACAUUCCCGUAAGCCCAAAGGGGUAAAACCAAAGUGAGUGAAUGAGUGAAUGUGAAGUGCCCGGGGAGAGAAAAACAGAGCAGCCAAAACAAUGAAGUUUAAGAGCAUUUAUUCCUGGCCAAGACUGAUUCCCAACACCAAGGCUGGAGGGGUCAGUAAUGAGUGGUCUCAGGGCCACAUGUUUAUAGAAAGAAGAGAGAGACAUCAAAAUGUUUCUUGAUACAUUUGUCAUAAUAAAGGAAUUUCUAUUGUAAA